CGAGGUUUUUUCCAGAAUUUCCAUUCAGCGUGUUGUCAUUUUUUACCCAUCUUUGUGUAAAUAAAUUAUAUAUUAUCCGGAUGUUAUCAUGGAACGUCCAACAAUAAAUGCCUCCGCUCCUCUGGUAACGUGUUGACUCGUUUUAUAAAGAUAAUAAUAAUGCUUCGUGAAGUGUUGUCCUUCGGCACUUCAGUGGAAACCGCUUUUGUUUUGUUGUACAGCGCUGGCUAUGGUAGAUUGAUACGGGAUGCCGCCAUUUACUAGCAUACUAGCUGUAGACAACCAUUGGACCAAUGUCUAUCCCCAGUUCUGCCAAAUGGGGACUAGUGGCCAUGUUUUUCAUAACCAGUUUUCUGUAUUUGUGUGUACCCGACAAUGCACAAACGGCCGCUGGGAGUUUAUCUGAAAAGUUUUUGAUGAAUGCGCAAGGUGCAAGGUCUUUCCUCAAACAAAGAACAACUUGCUUCCUCAAGGCUUGUUUCAAUAUAUCUUCAUUAUCAACUGGUUUAUUUCUUGAAACGAUUUUUCAAUUUUGUCUAUCAAAAGAAAUUGAGAUGAAUUUUGGGGAAACCAAGCUAGAUGAUCCACUGAUACAUAUUGCUGUUGUUGCUUGUGGUGAUCGUCUGGAAGAAACGCUGAUCAGUAUCAAAUCUUCAUUGAUGUUUACAAAGAGAAGCAUUUUUUAUCAUAUUUUUACAGAAGAAGAACUUCGCUCCGGUUUUAUUGAUGGUAUUGAGAGCUGGCCCGAACGUUACAGAAGUAACCUUCAGUAUCAACUCUACCCUAUUUCAUAUCCAGAAGAUGGAAAUGCUAAAAACUGGAAAAAACUCUUUAAGCCUUGUGCAUCGCAGAGACUAUUCUUGCCCAUGGUGCUUAGUAAAGACAUUGAUUCCAUAAUAUAUGUGGACACAGACAUCAUUUUCCUUACUGAUGUUUUUCAACUUUGGAGCAUUUUUACAAAAUUCAAUUCCACUCAAUUGUCAGCACUGUCUAUUGAGCACGAAGAUAAAAGAAUGGGAUGGUACAGCAGAUUCGCAAGACAUCCGUAUUAUGGAAUAACAGGUGUCAAUUCGGGAGUUAUGCUCAUGAAUUUGACACGCAUAAGAAAAGUAAGGUAUAAGAACGACAUCAAGCCUAGUCUAAUGAUGUGGAAAGAUAUGCUACUACCUUUAUAUAAUAAAUAUAGAUACAAUAUAACAUGGGGAGAUCAGGAUUUGCUAAACAUUGUUUUUCAUCACAACCCAGACAUGCUAUACGUGUUCUCCUGUGAGUGGAAUUAUAGGCCAGACCACUGUAUGUAUGGCCAAUUGUGCAAAAUUGCCAAAGACACUGGCGUGAAAGUUGUUCAUGGAUGUCGAAGAGUUUACCACAAUGAGAAACAGCCAACUUUCAAGGCUGUGUAUGAAACUAUCAAAUCCUAUAAAUUUGAAGACGAGUUACAUUAUUUGAAUCAGGUGAUGGAAAGAAAUUUGAAAGAGACUGAAAACACUUACUGCGGAAAAGAGUACGAAAGUAUUUUGAAAGGGCUAAGCCAAAAUAUUGAACAAUUAAACGAUUCGAUGUUGAUAGACUAAAACACUGAACAACUUUUUUAGAUCAUGUCUUCUUACAAACCAAAUAAAUUUUUGUAGAAAAACUGCUGUUAUAUGUAACUCACUGAUUCCACUGGGUAUUCGAGCGUUUGCACGAUGGUUUUUAAUUGCCAAAAAAAUGUCAUGACUCAA